ACACUUGGUCAUUUGAAAACUGAAAGUCGAAAGAAGCGCACGUCGGUUGUGUUAAUUUUAUCCCACCAUUUUUGUAAAAAAAUAAACAAUGGUGUCUCUAAGUGAUCCCGCCGUACAAUCGUACAUUUUGUACUCCGCUAUCCUGGCACUCAAAGUGCUUGUGAUGGCAUUUUUGACCAGUAGAGUUCGUUUUGCCAAGAAAGUGUUCGCAAACGAAGAGGACGCAAAACCAACAAAAGGAAAAGUAAAACUGGACGAUCCGGACGUCGAAAGAGUGAGACGGGCACAUCUGAAUGACCUUGAAAACAUUCCCGCGUUCUGGAUUUUGGGGGCAUUGUACCUAACUACGUCGCCGGAGGCCGCUUGGGCAGCGCUUCUCUUCAGGGUGUACACCGUCAGCAGAAUUAUCCACACCAUCGUGUACGCCGUGAAGCCAUUGCCGCAACCGGCGCGCGCCAUUGCCUUCUUGAUCCCCAUGUUUGUAAAAUGGUACAUGGGUAUUGCAAUCGUGUCAAAUUACAUAAGUGCUCUGUAAUUUUAUUAGGCGUUUGCAUUAUUUUUGUUAUGGAU